UAGAUAGGUGCGCUUUUUAAUUAUAUUUGGGUUUUGUAAAAAAAUAAAGAAGAAUAUACGAUUUGUUAAGGUACUCGUCUCCUGCAUGUCCAUUGAAAGGUGGAUGGGCUUUACUCGUUUGCAAUGCGCAGUUGUUUCAGGAGAGCUGUGCCAGCGGACAAGAGGAGGCUCAUGCGCGGUACAAACUUUUUGUUUUCAGAUAUCCCAGGGGGCCGCAGUCAUAAAGCUGAUCAGAGCUGUCUCCACAUCGCCUCUGACUCCGAGGAUACAAAGAAAAGAAACUCUGAAGCAGGUCCAGUUUCCAGAUCCACUGCAACGCCGCACCAUGUUCCUGAAGGACCACAACAGCGAAGGGAAGCAGAACAAGAUGGUUUUGUGUGAGACGAAGAUGAAGGUGCUUCGCUGUGUGGACCCCCCGGAUGGAGGCUGGGGCUGGAUGAUCGUGGUGCACUGCUUUCUGGUCAAUGUUCUGGUGAUGGGCAGUCUGAAGUCCUUUGGGAUCUUCUUCGUGGCGUUCCAGGACGCGUUUGGGGGCUCCUCCGAGCAGAUCAGCUGGGUCGGCUCCAUCAUGUCCUGCCUGCGCCUCUCCGCCGGACCUCUUGCCUCGGUGGCUUGUGGGAAGCUGGGGUACCGCUGGGCCUCAAUCGUGGGGGCUCUCCUGGUCAGUACCGGUUUCCUCCUGAGCCUCCUGGCUACCAGCAUUGUGUUCCUCUGCGUCAGCAUGGGGGUUAUAGUAGGCAUCGGCUUCUCUUUCUUGUAUCAGGCCUCCUCUGUCAUGACGGCGCGGUACUUCAAAAAGAGGCUGGCGACGGCCUAUGCUAUCGGCCGCUCUGGAAUGGGCCUGACCUUUGCCCUGGCACCGUUCACCCAGCUGCUUUUGGAGCAGUACGGCUGGCAAGGAGCGUUGCUGAUCCUGAGUGCUCUCAUGCUCAACCUAGUUGCCACGGCGAUGCUGCUGCGGCCAAUCAAUCUCAAGGGGAGUGAACCCUGGAGCCCACCUCCCCCGUCUAUUCAGAAAGACAUUCCCUGUGAAUACAAGGGACUGGUCAAAGAUCAGGUCCACUUUCAGAACUGCCUCAACAGGGGCGGCGUUGUAAAGAAUGGCAGCGCCUCCCACAGUACCACCUCGGGGACCAGCUGGGUCGUCCCUGCCACGGAAAAGCCUGGGGACCCCGAACUCCCCCGGACCCCAACGCUGAGCCCGAGUGGCAGCCCUGGGCAGGACGAGAACGUCAGCAAUAACAAUUGCAAGGCUGAAAAGAGAGACCUCGCUUCAGAAGAGAGCCAGGUGUUCCUGGGGCAGAAUGCCAACGGGUUCCUGGCUGGGAACGCAAACCCACAGCAUCCUACGCAAGCUAGCAAGAUCUUAGACUUCUCCCUGCUGAAGGACCCCUUCUUCUGCAUCUACACCUGGUCUGUGGUGUUCAGCCAGCUUGCCUACUUCAUCCCCUACUUCCACCUCUCUGCCAGGGCUGAGACUCUCGAUAUUGACCCCAUGGACGCCUCCUUCAUCAUCUCAGUGGCGGGUAUCACCGAGACCGUCUCCCAGCUUGUGUCCGGAUGGAUGACCGAUCGGAACGUGGUCCACAAGUACCAUUACCACAAGGCCUACCUUAUCCUCUGUGGCCUGGUCAACCUGCUGUCGCCACUGGCAACCAGCUACAGCCAGCUCAUGGUCUACGCUGUCUUCUACGCCAUCUUCUGUGGGGGCUACAUGGCCCUGCUGCUUCCGGUCCUGGUGGACCUGGUUGGGGUGCACCGGAUUGCCAGCUCGAUGGGGUUCUCCAUGUUCUUUGUGGGGCUCGGCUGUCUCACAGGACCCCCCACUGCAGGCUGGCUGUAUGAUUACACACAGACCUAUGACUGUUCCUUCUACCUGGCGGGUGCCUGCUACCUUCUCUCCUCUAUCUCCCUCUUCUUGGAGCCACUGGCACGGAGGUGGAAAGCCAAGAGAGAAGCAGAGGGUGUGGCCGGGGAAACAGACUGCAAGACUAACGGCAGUUUAUUCUCAGAGGCUGCGCACAAUGGACUGGCACGGCCCUAGCAAACAGAGAGACUGAACUCUUUGGAGAACCAAGGGAGAGAGUGACCUGCCGAAUAGACCCAGUGGGAACUGGCCUAAACCAAGGGAUUUGGUGCAACGAUUAGGCCAACUAAAAGCGGUCUUUCUUUCACCCUUGCUGCAUCACUGCGUUCUUCAAAAAUUUGUAAUGCAAGAACAACAUCUUUUACAGCAAAAAAUGAAUUCUGUUUUGCUGUAAUACGUCAUUGUUUGCUAUAAUCCAAGUUUGAGCCAAAUGCACACUUUUUUUAAAAAAAUGUUUUAUUGCACAACUUUUUAAACGCUAAUGUUUGUGUUUUGGGCUCAAGGGCAACUUGCUUCUACUUUGCUCUGAAUGAGUUGUGCUCAAAGUCGUUAGCGUUUCAGUGCUACAUGCUGUGAUAGUGACAUUGGUAUAGGGUUAGAAAGUGCCUUAAUGAAAGCCGGGGGAUGAUUUUAUGAAGCAUUUUCAGCAUCAGCAUGUGGAUUGUAUAUCUAUGUCUGAAAUGCUCAAAGUUGUACAGCACUAACACAAGAUUCACCAUCAACACACACUGUGAUACACUGAUCAUUUGAACAUGUGACAGGCUGCUGUUCCUUGCUGUUUCUAUAGUUUCUUCAUGGGACGAGGGCUCUAUUUUGCUGCACAAGCAGCGCAGCGCACAUUCGGAACUGGAGCUUAUUAUGGGAAGGGAAAGGAAACUGGUUUAUAGAAUGGGUAGGAAUUGCCACAGAAACAAUAAUCUCUAACUAGACUUGCUUCUUGAACUUGGGUCUGAACCCUACUUUCAGGAUUCGAAUGCCCUAUUUUUUACUUUGCAAAUGCAAAUUGAUAAUUCCCAUUCAAAAUCCAAGAACCAAACGAUCUUUGGUCCAGCAGAAGGGUGCCAGUGAUGAUGUAGUAAUGGUAUAUACACUCACACAUACUACUACUGUGUGUGUGUAAGAGACCAACAACUGUAUAAUUCUUACCAAUGAUUCUUUGCAAGAUGUAUUUCAUGGUUAUAUAUUUUGUUAUACUGGAAGUCUGGUACUAACGACAGUAUAUACACGUCUCCGAAUGAUUACAGGAUAUUCCUAAAUGUGUUAGAACGCACUGUGCUCUCGCACUACAUAGACCCGCGGGGGAUGGACGAGAGGACCCACCCCUUUCCCAGCAAUCACUAAUAUUUGCACUUGAUAUCUAUUUUGCAUUAACUCUAGAUGGGGGUGUUAUUCUAGUAUAGGAUUUGUAAUGAUUGUGCACAGAACAUUUUGUUGGAGCUGCGCCAUGGACUGGAAAGCCAUUGGUGGACGAGCCCUCUGUAGCGUCGACUACAGCUGAAGCUGCAAAUUGCUGGGUGCCGUUUCAAACGUGCAGUUGCUGGCUUAUUUUAGAAUGUUUUGGGUCUACUUUUGUGUUGUGAGUUUAUGUAAAAAAAAAAAACACAAAUAAAGUACCUCCAGCUGCAUGUUUGCAGCCUAUGAA